AAACAAAAACUGGGCCCCACACAUACCUUUCAACAAUCACCAUUCCCAAUAUAAUCCUUCAAAUCAUCAAACCAGUUUCAUCACAACUUCCAAACCCUAAUUUCAACUGUACAACAACACUUGAUCAUCAUCAACAAUGGACAAAUCGAAGAUCGGAAGACGAUUCGAAGGCAAAGUUGCGAUCGUUACAGCUUCAACUCAAGGUAUAGGCUUCAGUAUCGCUCACCGGUUAGGUUUAGAAGGUGCUUCAGUCGUUAUCUCCUCUCGUCGACAGAAAAACGUUGAUGAAGCAGUGAAGAAGCUCAAGGCAGAAGGAAUUGAAGUGUUUGGUUUGGUAUGCCAUGUUUCUAAUGCACAACAGAGAAAGAAUCUCAUUGAUCAGACUGUUCAGAAAUACGGGAAAAUAGAUGUAGUAGUGUCAAAUGCUGCUGCUAAUCCCUCAGUUGAUGCCAUUCUCCAAACGCAAGAAUCCGCGCUUGACAAGCUUUGGGAGAUCAAUGUUAAAACCUCUAUACUCCUGCUUCAGGAUGCAUCCCAGCACUUGACGAAAGGUUCAUCGAUCGUUUUCAUAUCCUCUAUCAGUGCUUUCCAACCGCCAGCUGGCUUGGCCAUGUAUGGUGUCACAAAGACUGCUCUUCUCGGUCUUACCAAGGCUCUUGCAACCGAGUUGGCCCCACAUACUCGUGUGAACUGUGUUGCACCCGGGUUUGUACCUACACACUUUGCUUCAUUCAUUACCAACAACGAGACCAUUAGAAAGUCCCUAGAAGAACAGACAUCGCUUAAAAGGCUUGGGACGACAGAAGACAUGGCUGCAGCCACAGCUUUCUUGGCUUCUGAUGAUGCUUCUUAUAUAACCGGCGAGACAAUUGUGGUUGCUGGUGGAGCCCCUUCAAGGUUAUAAAUGUCAUUUGUUCUUCUAGGUUGUGGUUGCAAAUCGGUUCACUCUAUGGUCACCUUUGACUUCAAAGUCCGAGACUUAAUUUCACGGGUUGCGCAUACAUGUUCACACUAGGGUUUUGGGUUUAGGGUUUUUCAAGGAAGUAACAUGCACUUAAUAUACUCUAAAUCUCAAUUAUAUUCUACUCAAACGAUAUUGAAUAAAGUAGUAUCGUGUGUAUCCACAUUUUUUACUUGUAAUUUUUUAUACUUUUAAUGGCAAAUGUUAUAUUACUCA